GAGAACUUGAGGGGCAAGGAGUUUACCUUCUGGCAAUGGUACUACAGUGCAGCAAAGCUGCUAAAGGAGGACAAGCAGUUAAAGCAGAUGUGGAACUCUAGCCUCCUCAUGGGUUUCAUCGGGAAAGGCAAGGCAGAACAGAUACUUGCGAGCAAGCCGAAAGGAACAUUCUUGGCAAGGUUUUCCGAGAGCAGGCAGGGUGGCAUAACCAUCGCCUGGAUACAAGAUGUUGAAAAUCACAUGGGCGUGUACCACCUGGCAGCAUGGACGGCGGCUGACUUUAAGCAGCGCUGCCUGGCCGAUCGCAUCCGUGACCUCGCGAGCCUGCUCUACCUGUGCCAGGACCCGAAUGCAGAGCCGAUGCCUAAAGACCAGGCGCUGCAGAGUUACUACACGAUUCCCGAGCCACAGUUGAAAAUGGAACCGAACGCCGAUGGAUAUGUCGUCUCUGACCUGAAGUGUCACCUGCCAGACAGGUUUGAUCAGAUGCACCUGGACGACCCUCGUUCCCCGGCGAGCGUACAGAGCAGUAGCUACGAGCCACCGUCGCCUGCCAUCUCCUACGCCGGGAGCACGUCGCAGCAACCCAGCGCCAACUUUGUUGACGUUGGGAGCGGCAACCCGCUGAUCGACAACAUGGAUCUCAUGGCGGACUUCAUGACGGACAGUGGCGCCCCCUUCUCGCCGCAGGUCGACUACGUUGAUGACCUCGUCGACAUGAGCGUCUUCAACCUGGUGUGUGGUCAGGGUCAGGACAUGUUCCUGGGUGGGGCGGGGGAUCCCGACAGCACCAACUAGACACUCCUCUCACAGCAGGUAGCGCGCGGUGGGGAGCAAAUGAAAUGCGAUUCUCUCGCGGGCCGACCAUAACGGUUUUGAAUUUUGGGUCGCGCCUGAGGCAUUGAACAAGCGAGAGUGGGUCUACGAUCACCAGCAUGGCGUGAUUCGUGGCGAUGUUCGGGCGAUUUCCGAAAUCGACCGUCGUCGAUCGUUCGCUUGUCUCGCUCUCUCCACUCGACGCACUGCAUCCUACGUCUCCUGUUGGAUUUCUCAACUCAGGUUCACAGGAGUACGCCCGGGUCUCACGUCUAAAGCAUCUCCGUGGUUUAUGUAUCAGCUGCUGAUUAAGAUGCCAAUUGGAGUUGUGAUGUUAGAAAUCACUCGGACUAAUCGUUAUGUAUUGAUAACCGAGAUAGCAUACUCAUGUAAUGAAAUGAUACUCGUAGAAACAACUGUGUUGCUACUUUAUUCGUUGAAACUACUAAACUUGCAUGGCAGAGUUUGUUGCGAUGAAGUUAAAAUGUAAAUUUUGUGUGGUAACACCGAUGAGAGAACGAAAAAAUGUUUAUCGAUGCACUAAGUAUUUGUUCUAGCUGUGGUCAACUGCGGUGUCAAAUUUUGUAGGAAGAUAAUACACUAAAUCUUUUCGAUCUACCUAAUAGUAUGAACGUAUCUAUGCUCUAUGCUAUGCAAAUAUAGCUAUAUUCAUGAUGUUGAUAAUAGUAGUUUUUACAAAUAGAUUUGUGCUAUGAAGAACUACCUUUGCUGGAGUAAUUUGUCCGCUUCAUUAGAUUUAGCUGGUGCUGUUGGGAUCCCCUGUCUUAAAUAUUGCCAUCUCUUAACAGUCUUAGAAAUAACAGAUCCCCUGCCUUCCUGAGGGUUGGCUAGAUUUUGUGGAUUUUACUCUAGAUUAAAGAGUAGAAAUCAAAGUAUUUUUGGGGACUGGCUGGGCUUUCACACUUAUUUCUAAGACGGAUCUGACGUGAAAGCGGAUGUUGGUAGCAUUUCCUUCUGCAUCCUCUCUAAAUGUCAUCUCGCGUUCCUGCACGCGGCCCAAACUCUGAUCCCAAAACUGCAGCGGAACAUGCACAUAUUGUGCACCUCCCAUUACUACCCAUCUCGCUUUCACCUGACCAGGGGAUGCAUCAUGAAUGCAAAACCGAGGGGAUAUAAUCUGCUUAAAACAAAUGAAAUCUUGCGAAUGAAAUAUUUCCAAAGAGGUUGUUGUCUGUCGCGCGGUUUCGGCUGUUAGUCACUACCCUUGUAAUCAAGUAGCUCACACGACCGGUGUUGUUCAGUUGCCACCGCAAUGACUGGCCCAGCUGUGAUAGUAAAAUGAUAUUUAAGUACUGAUCUCUAUUUUGUUUAUCGCCGUUCAGAAUGGCGACGUGUUGAAUUUUUUUAGGCCAGCGAUUCUCUGAAUGUGUCUCAGAAUCCCAGCACGCGGGUGCUGCAUAUGUGACGUCGUCCGUUUUUGGGGGGUAAAAAUGUGUAUAAGUGCACAAAUUGCGAAGCAUUAUGCGAGUGCACAGCUGUUUAUCGUCGUAGUUUUUCUAGAGCCGAUGAGUAAUUUUUGUGUUACAAAGUAGCACGCCCAAAUAUUUUAUAUCUGUCAGGGUACGAAAUGACAAUGCGAAUUUGUUAUGUAUGAUUAAUAAUAUGCGGGUAUUAUUUGAAUUUAUCACGGAAUGGAUUCACAAAUGCAAUCUGCUGACCCCUGCAUCGCUGUUUGUUGUGUAUAGCCAGCGUAUAACUUAGAUAGUGGCCGGAUAUGUACUCGGUGCCGUGUGAGAGCAGUCAAUGUUGCCCGCACACUUAUUAAUUACUCUAAAUAAUAUAUCAUUAAGAGCUAAUAAUACCUUUAGGUAUUAUAAUAAAUAUAAUAAGGUAUUAUUAGCUCUUGAUAUCAUAGAUAGUAGAAUCGUGUUGCUGGAGCUCCCUCCAUCAGCGUGGAAGCUCACACAGUGAGACAUGUAGACAAGGGGGGUGUGUGUGGAUAUAUCUUUCGGUCAAUGUAUCGUGUAUAUUAUCAAAACAUCAAGAAGUGCAACUGCCGUAUUGUGGAAAUACUUACCAGAACCACAGCGCAGGGUUUAAAAAAAUGUCAGCAACUAACUGGGCAGCAGUACUUUGCUUGAAUACGUUCUAGUUACAACUACUUAAUAAUGAAGUGAUUAGUGAGUAUAUUGCUCUUACUCUUAGUAAUCAUACCAGUGCGUAGAAAAGUAGAAUUUUUUUUAAUAAGACAAUUGCAUGUAUUAAAUUGGAAAAUGAAUAAAAUCAAGUAGUAAUUA